GAGACACAGAGAGAAAGAGGGAAGAAAGAGAGAGAGAGAGUGAGAGAGAGAGAGAGGGAGGAGAGAAAUACCAAGGGAACUUGUUCUCUCAGAAUCUGAGAGAGACAGAGAGAGCGAGAAAGAGGGAAGAAAGAGAAAGAGAAAGCGCCGUGAGUGCAAGAAAUGUACAGAAGGAAUAAAGGGAAAGAGAGAGCUGUAGGUAGAAUAAAGAGAGAGGGAGGGAGAGAGAGAGAAAGAGCUGUAGGUAGUAUAUAGUAAGAGAGAGAGAGUAAGAAAGUGGGAAGAAAGAGAAAGCGGGAGGGAGAGAGACCUCAGUGCAGAGAGGGCUGAGUGAGUAGUCAGACUGAGGCUGAGGGGCAGUGAGGGCGCUCUGGCUCAGCAGGUCUGGAGGACUCUAGCUCUGUGGUUUCUCUGUUCCCGCUGGUUUCACUCUGACUGUGUUACGGGCGUAGAGUGAAUACCGAAGAAGUGGAGAACAAAAGUGGACUUUCCUUUGAAGCUCAGCCAAAAGGAGACCCAUUAAAGUCUUGGCGUUCCCUCUGGGAGGGAGGAGUUGAUUUUUCUGGAAGUUUUGGCCCACCGGCUCCAUCACCAUGGCGGACAGCAUGAUAGAGGAGUCUGAUUACCUGCCGGGAAAGGACGAGCUGGACUGGGGCUACGAGGAAGGUGCAGAGUGGGGGCUGCUGUUUCCUGAGGCUAAUGGAGAGAACCAGUCCCCCAUUAACCUGAACUCCAGAGAGGCCCGGUAUGACCCCCGUCUGCUGGAGGUCGGCUUGAACCCCAACUAUGUGGUUUGCAGGGACUGUGAGGUCAUAAAUGAUGGACACACUGUCAGCAUCAUGCUCAAAUCCAAAUCAGUGGUGACUGGCGGCCCUCUCCCGAGUGACCAUGAGUACGAGCUGCAUGAGGUGCGUUUCCACUGGGGCAAGGAGAACCAGCGGGGGUCCGAACACACCGUCAACUUCAAGGCCUUCCCCAUGGAGCUUCAUAUGAUUCACUGGAACAGUACACUGUUUAACAGUGUGGAAGAGGCCAUGGGGAAGAGGAACGGCAUCCUCAUCAUCGCUCUCUUCGUACAGGUUGGGAAGGAACAUCUGGGGCUGAAGGCUGUUACAGAUGUGCUGCAGGACCUGCAAUACAAAGGAAAGACAAAAAUAAUACCUUGUUUCAAUCCUAACACGUUACUACCUGAUCCAUUAUUAAGAGAUUACUGGGUGUAUGAAGGCUCUUUAACCACGCCUCCCUGCUGCGAGAACGUCACCUGGAUCCUUUACCGCUACCCUCUCACCAUCUCUCAGAUGCAGAUUGAAGAGUUUCGGAGGCUCAGGUCACAUGUUAAGGGGGCGGAACUUCCUGAAGGCAACGACGGGAUGCUAGGGGACAACUUCCGCCCAACACAGCCUCUCAGUGACCGGCUGGUCAGGGCAGCUUUCCAGUAGACCCGCAACACUAGGACCCACCAUUAUCCUCUAACGCAUGAGAAGCAAAGCUGGAUGAAGGAUUUAGAGUAUCCUCACUGAGGCCUGGCUGAUGUAAAUGUGGAUCAAAUGGAUCUUAGACAGCUCCUGCUUUCAACUUUACAGCAAGAUACAGCAGCACUGGGUCCAAAUCAGCCAGCAGGACCAGCGGAAGAGAAACCCAAUAACAUCUAAAUAACAUCUCACGGUUCCAGUUUAAAACAGAGAUAGCAUUGGUAGAUUAUAUUAGUAAUAGUAAGUUUUUUUGUUCAGAUUCCUUUUGUUUCAUCUUGUUUUGCAUUUUCUAAGCCAUCUCAUAUGAAUAGUGUGCCGUCUGUGAGGCAGAUAUGUAGCAGGCAAGCCCAACGGAGCAGCAAAACGUACUGGACGAUGAAGAUUUUGUUUAAAACGGGAAGAUGAAGGUUCAUUUUAGGACACUUUAAUUAACGAAGUAAUGAACAAACUCAUAUGCAGUAAGAGUAGCACGAGUAUAAUCAUACCACUGUGGCUUAACUGCGUCAUCAUCAUGUAUCACAGAGAGAUUAUAUGAUUUAAUGUUUAAUGUUAUGAAUAAAAACACAGUUUUUACCUCAAA